AUGUUUGUUUCCCGUGACUUCGCAAGAGAAUUGGCAAUUCGCAGGACAAUACUACAAAACAAUAGAUUUGCACAAGACAGAACUGUGCCAGAAUCUCACGUUGGCUCGAGCCAUGAGUUAGAUCUUAUAAGCAACGAAAAUUCGCCGGAAAAAGGUGUUUUAGAAAAUCAGGAUGAAGAAGAUCCGUUUGCGGCUAGCGAUGAAAAUAACGAAGAGUAUGAUCCGAAUAUAGAAGAAGACAAUAAUUCUGACACGUCCGAAGACACUGAAGCGGGCGAGGUAGACCUUUCACAUCAGCAUUCGAGCUUAACAAGGCUUAUUCAGCAAUGCCUGCCUAUUUCAAUCCAAAAAUACAACGACCUCAAGAAGUUGUGUACUAACGAAGUUAUACCUUCAGAAUUUCAUCAAUGGUAUUUAUCAUUGCCAAUGUCAACAACUGUUAAAAAUCGAAAUGCUGAACCAAGUGUAGACAGCGAAAGCGAGGAAGACUAA